GAGGUACUUGAUGAAGUUGUUUAACAUGGGUUCCAUCGUCAGGUGGACAAUGUUGUGAGUUUAUUCACACAUUCAAACCUAACAUUUAAUUGUUUACAGUGAAAAAUCCCCCGGGAGUCAGUAUUCCUCCCCAAUUCGUACCCAGUGCCCUAAAUCUCGAGUAAUUUCUUCGAGUGGCCAAGUGUUGAGUGAAACAAAGUGUAAAUAUCCAUGACUAGCACGUGAGAUAGAGCUUUAUAACUCGAAAAAUGGCUGAAGCGAAGAUGGAGGUGAUAGACCUUGACUCUGACGACGAAGAGAAGAAGAAAAUGCAAGACCAGAAGACAUCCAAGAAAUUUAUCUGCAUUAAUCUCAAGUGUGAGUCAGGUGUGAAUAUGAAGACAGCUUCGUCCUUCGCUUGUAGUUAUUAUGGAUUGAAUCAAGCGAAGAAAAAGAAGCGAUACAUCUGUGACAAGUGUCAUGUCAUGGCCAUUGAGCACCAGGAGAUGCUCGCCGAGGCAUUCUUCAAGCGUGAGCCUUUGCUGAAGUGCAAACUCCCUGAUAACACGAUGCAGAUCGACCUAUCGGACAGUGAUUCUGAUGGAGAAGCUGCCAAGGAGCCAGAGGAAUGGGAGUACAUUCCUGAGGAUGUUCUUCUGGACAUGGAGUCCAAAAUCGACGACGCGUUGUCCAAUGUCCUCAAGAAAUAUGACGUCGACUAUCAACUGACAGAGGCCCAGAAGAUUCUGGAGGCUCAGUUUGAAGACAUCGAUCGGUCUAAUGAAGAGAGUGACAAAGAGAUCAAGCAGAUGAUCAGCAAGAUGGACAUGAUAAGGAAUAGUCUGUACGAUGCAUUUAGACCUGAUAUCAAAAUGCUGGCAGACCUGUCGAUCGACGACGGAUCGAAGGUAGAGGCCAGUCCGGGAAUUCUGGCUUCACAGAGACCUCAGCAACGGACAGAUGCUCCAGGUCAUCCGACUGUCGCCACCAAGAAGGUCACACAGGUGAAAAUUCCUUCUGUGGUCCACCCUAAACCUCACGACAAUCAGAUGGAGAUCAUGCCUAUUGUUGAGAAGGUGGAGAAGCAGGCUUUUGUCUGUGGAUUACCUGCACAUGGGAAACUCAUCCUCAGGCCAGCUGAGGUAGAUAAUAUUGUGCUUGUUAUGAAGCAUCCACUGAUGCCCUGGAUCAAAGCUAAGGUUCAUGCCAUUUUGACCCAUCAACCAAUGACCUACCGCGUCAAAUUUCUACCAAAAAAAUACAACAACUCCCUGAGAACAGUUUUUGGACGACAAUUAGCCGUUCAUGCACCAGCCCCAGUGAUAAUUCCAGUUGCAACCAGAGUCGUUGCCAUCUUCAAUGAUGUUAAUUCGAGUAAUUAUUACAGUGGAGUUAUAGCUGAACCACCAAAGACAACAAACAAACACAGAUAUCUCGUGUUCUUCGACGAUGGUUACGCACAGUACGUCGCGCACAAGCACAUAUUCGUGGUGAGCGAGAGUUCCCAGCGUGUCUGGGAGGACAUUCCCAUAGAAUCCCGUGACUUUGUAAAAAAAUACAUCGAGGGUUACCCAGAGCGUCCAAUGGUGAAGCUACAACCAGGUCAGGUAGUGAAGACCGAAUGGAAUGGAAAAUGGUGGGUGGCAAGAGUGGCCCAGGUGGAUGCUUCUCUCGUACAGAUGUCCUUCGACGCUGACAAUCGAACAGAAUGGAUUUACCGUGGUUCCACACGCCUGGGACCACUCUACGUGGAGCUCUUGAAGGCCACAGCACGUCAACAGGGCCACCACAUGACAGUAAACGCCCCAGGUCGUCAUCGAAUGCCUCCAGGUGGCAAAGCCAGCAUUCCCUACGUCGAGUACACAUCGGGGACUAUCGAGGGAGACCCUGAAACACCUGCUAAAGAGCCUCCAGCAGCAUCUCCAAAGCCUCCUGCCCAGUCUCGAGCUGUGGCACGUAAAAGUACAGCGAAGAAACCAACUGUUGAGCCGACGUAUCUGGCAGCAGCAGAAACUAAGUCAGCUUACAGCAUUGCUUACUACUCUCUACCGAACUCCAUCAAACCUAAGCAGUAUUUACCACACGAGUGCUCAGCAAAUUGUAUUCAACUGAAAGACUUCAAGGUCGAUGACCUGAAGGGCUACUCACCCCUGUCAAUUCCCCUGUUAUGUGGCUGGAAUCGACAGAUCUGCAAAUAUCCUAAAGGUAAGAAGGUCGUUAUGUACCAGACACCCUGCGGAGUUCGACUCAGAUGCAUCGAGGAGGUUCACCAGUACCUCAGGAAGACCAAAUCGACAAUCUCAGUCGAUCUAUUUGAAUUCGACAGCUGGGUCCACUGUCUCGCUGAAUUUAUCCUCGAUAAAUGUUUCGUUAACAUCAAGGAUCUGAGUUAUGGGGUUGAGAAUGUCCCUAUUCCCUGUGUCAAUGAACUAGAUCAUGCACUUCCUGAUCCAAUUACGUAUAGUACUAUUAGGGAGCCAACUGAAGGGGUUAAUUUGAAUUUGGAUCCGGAGUUUUUGUGCAGCUGUGACUGCGAGGAUGACUGCCAGGAUAAGGAAAAGUGCCAGUGCUGGCAGCUGACGAUUCAGGGUGCGCAGGCGACUCUAGGAGGUCGGGUGCCUGCUAAUAAUGUUGGAUAUCAUUAUAAGAGACUGCCAGAGCCUGUGACGACGGGAAUUUACGAAUGUAAUUCCAAGUGCAAGUGCUCGGUGAAGACUUGUCUUAAUAGGGUUGUUCAGCAUCCAUUGACGUUGAAACUGCAGGUGUUCAAGACUCAGAGGAGGGGCUGGGGCAUCCGGUGUCUGAAUGACAUACCAGUGGGAUCUUUCAUCUGUAUUUAUGCUGGCAGACUUCUGACCGAGCAGGGCGCGAACGAAGGAGGAAAGAACUAUGGAGAUGAGUAUCUUGCUGAGUUGGAUUAUGUUGAGGUAGUGGAGAACAUCAAGGAGGGGUUUGAGGCUGAUGUCCUGGAUCCAGACACACCCAUCGACUCACCAGGGUCCAAGGAGAGAUCACAGGAGCAGGAGAGGAACAGCAGGAGGAGAACCGCUGGUCCUGAUGGAGAUGCUGAUUUCGAUAUUAGACAGUAUAACUCUGAAUAUUCAAAACUUCAGUCUGAGACUGAUGAUUCCAUGAAAAAGAGGCUCAGGAAGAGGAAGAAGAGCGAUGAGAUUGUCAUUCAGGAUGUUGAGGAUAAGAGUGAGGAUGGAAGCAUUGGGAAGAACGAUGAUGGAAGCGUGGGGAAGAGCUCCACUGAUAAUAAUCAGGAUGGCAGCGAUGAGGAGGUCAAGGGAAAUGGCAGGAGGGAACUGAUCAGGUUCGAGCCGACUGUUGAACCCACCAUUGAGAGACCCAAGUUCAAGUCUGUGAGGGACUUCUUCGGGGAGGAUGAAGCUGUCUAUAUUAUGGAUGCUAAGACUACGGGCAACAUUGGGAGGUACCUCAACCACUCCUGCGAUCCUAAUGUUUUUGUGCAGAAUGUGUUCGUCGAUACGCAUGAUGUGAGGUUUCCUUGGGUAGCUUUCUUCGCUCUGUCGUUCAUCGGAGCUGGACGGGAAUUGACGUGGAACUAUAGUUACGAUGUGGGCAGCAUUCCGGGGAAGGUCAUCAUCUGCAAGUGCGGGGCUUCCAACUGCAGGGGACGAUUAUUGUAGUACAGCUUUCGAUUUUUAUUUUUUUUUGGAUAAGGAUUAAGUAGAUCGUUAAGGUUUUUAUGUUCAUGGAGACCCGGAGUUUGAUAAUUUCGUGGAGGUCUGGAAAUAUAGAGAUGGAAAUGUA